AUGCUGGAUACUGCGACGAAGUUAUUGAGAAGUUGGAUUUUUCGACAUGGUGAUAGAACUCCUGACUCAUUAUACCCAAAAGAUCCAUACACAGAAGACGAUUUUUAUCCAUUCAGAAUUGCCCAUUUAACCAAUAAAGGAAAAUUAAGAGCUUACAACAUUGGAACAUAUCUUCGUAAAAAAUAUAACAAACUUCUCGGAGAUGUCUACACUCCGGAUAUUUUAUAUGGAACUUCUUCGAGUUAUCCAAGAUGUAGAGCAAGUUUAGAAUCAGUUUUAGCAGGUUUAUAUCCACCGUCCGAAGAAUUAAUUUGGAAUAAAGAAUUACUUUGGGAACCGAUUCCUUACGAUUAUUUACCAAUGAAAGAAAACAAUUUAUUUCUUCCUGUUUAUACCUGCCCAAAUAUGAACACAUUAGUGAAUGACAUUUACCAAAAUCUCGAUUCCGAUCCCAUAAUCCAAAAAUAUAACUAUCUACUUCCGUUUUUAGUAGAAAAUACAGGUUUGACGGGAAAUCUUUACUCUAUUGCUAUAAAUUUAUGGUCAACUUUAAAAUCGGAAGAAGAAGCUGGUUUGAAAAUACCAAUUUGGGCUCAAACGGUUUAUCCGGAAAUUUUAUCGGAAAUAACUAAAUACAGUUGGGAAGUAUAUUCACGGACACCCGAUUUAAAGACUUUAUCCAGUGGAUUUUUGAUGUCGAAAAUUAUUAAUAACACUUUUUCGACGUUAAAUGGCGAGAAUGAAGCAAGAAAUCGAAAAAUUUAUUUGUAUUCAGGACAUGACUUUAACGUUGGUGCAGUUUUAUCUUACUUAGACAAUUUUGUUCCUCAUCUUAUCAAUUAUGGAGCUCAUGUUAUUAUUGAAGUUCAUAAGUAUAUUGGAAUUUACUUUUUAAAGGUUGUUCGUCAUGGGGAAAGAACUCCUGAUGUUUUAUAUCCAAAGGAUCCCUACUCGGAAAAAGAUUUCUAUCCGUUUAGAGUCGGACAUCUAACUAAUAAAGGCAAAUUAACCAAUUACAAAGUUGGAACAACACUGCGUCAAAAAUACAACAAACUUCUUGGUGAUAUCUACACUCCAGACGUUUUAUACGCAGUUUCUUCUCACCUUUCAAGAAAUAAAGCAACUCUUCAAGGUAUUUUAGCAGGUUUAUUUACACCUUCGAAGGAAUUAAUUUGGAACAAAGAUUUACUUUGGGAACCAAUUCCUUAUGAUUACUUACCAAAGAAUGAAAAUAAAUUGUUUUCUACAUUAUCGACAUGUCCAAAUUGGCCAAUAUUAUUGGCAGAAAAUUAUCAAAAGUAUCUUGCAACAGAUUUAGUAUUUCAAAAAUACAAUUAUUUGCUUCCAUUUUUAUUGGAAAAAACUGCACAUGAUCUUAAUAUCGCGUCAAUGUUAAACUUCUUUGACAAUUUUGUUCCACAUAAUCCAAAUUAUGGAGCUCAUAUUAUCAUUGAAGUUCAUAAAUAUAUUGGAAUUUAUAUCUUAAAGUUUUUGUAUCAAAACAAUGUUGGUUACUUAGAACCUCAGCCUAUUUUCGUUCCAAAUUGCGGAAUUUAUUGUCCAUUGGAAGUACUUGUUAAAUUGUAUGCUAAAGAAUUGGAUCCAGCAAGAUUAGAAACGCUAUGUGGUUAA